AAACGGCCUUUAUUUUGGAGUUGGUGUAUGGAUGUACUGUAUCUCAGCCUCUACUACUUGACAGCGGUGUUUCUGCGGUGCUGGACGCGGUGGAUAGCAGCCGGAUAGAAAUCUAUAAAGAUGGCCUCGGCUACAGCGACCUACGGGCAGAAGGAGUCUUCGGACCAGAACUUUGACUAUAUGUUCAAGAUCCUCAUCAUUGGCAACAGCAGUGUGGGCAAAACCUCGUUCUUGUUCCGCUACGCCGACGACUCCUUCACACCGGCCUUUGUCAGCACAGUGGGCAUCGACUUCAAGGUGAAGACCAUCUACAGGAAUGACAAGAGGAUCAAACUACAGAUCUGGGACACGGCCGGUCAGGAGCGUUACCGCACCAUCACCACAGCUUACUACCGAGGAGCCAUGGGCUUCAUCCUCAUGUACGACAUCACCAACGAGGAGUCCUUCAACGCCGUCCAGGACUGGUCAACUCAGAUUAAAACGUACUCGUGGGACAACGCCCAGGUGCUGCUGGUAGGAAACAAGUGUGACAUGGAGGACGAGCGAGUGGUGAGCGGAGAGAGAGGGCGGCAGCUGUCUGAACACCUUGGUUUUGAGUUCUUUGAGGCCAGCGCCAAGGACAACAUCAACGUGAAGCAGACCUUUGAGCGCCUGGUCGACAUCAUCUGUGAAAAGAUGUCCGAGAGUCUGGAUGCCGGCGAUCCCGCCGUCACAGGGGCCAAACAGGGGCCCCAGCUGACAGAGCAGCCCGCUCCUCCUCACCAGGACUGUGCAUGUUAAAGCUACCUAAUCUCCCAAACAUUUCUCCGCUGUCUCUCUCCGUGUCCUCCCUCAGCUGGACCCAGGUCCUCGGGUCCAUACUUCAUCACCCUUCUCACUCUCUUUCCUGCUUCUUUCUGUCUGUAGAAUCAUUUGGUUGAUGGUCACAAGAACUUGGCCGAAAAGGGUCUGAAAUGCUCUGAGAUACGAGUGGUCCAGUUUUUGAGAUGUUUUUGCUUCUGGUUUCUCCACAUAAAGGAGCUAAAUGGUGUUGUUUUUAUCAGUGCAGGUGCUGGUCUGAUGCCAAAGCAAGUUCGGUCAAACCGGAGCAUUUCAGCCUCUUUGCAGCUCAGGUUCUUGAAGGUCUCCGACCUUUCUUCUGUUAGUUUCCCUGUUCCUCAGUAUGGUUUUAUAAGAAGGAUUUGACGGCGUACAUCCUCAGAGUGCCAUUUAAAUCCUUCCAAUGUUUACAGUACUUUGUUUCAUGUCAGUCAAAUGUCUUGAAAAGAUGCCAGCCUUGGAUGUGGUGACCAAGAAGGCCACUGUGGAGUCACGUGGGAGUGACGAUCCAGCUGAGAUCUACUAGAUAUCGAUGUGUUACAUUUCAUAUAUGUCAAAUAUGUUUCUUCUGUUGUCUCCUCUGGUAUCUAAACAUGGAUACUGCAAGAAUUAUCAGUCAUUUGUUUUUCAGUGUUCACCUGAACAUUUUCAUUCAGCCUUUUUUAUGUUUUUACAUUUCUUCAGCAAACUUUUAUUUUGUAUUCUCGUGUUCUUUUUAUUCUGUUCAUACAUGAAAACACAGGGUGGGGAAAAUAUGAACAAGCUAUAGCUAGGUGAAAAAUAGCAAAAAAAAAAAAGACACCUUUUAUUUAAUUAUAUUUAUUUCAAAUGUACAUAUAAAUGUUGUGCAAUAUAUAUAAAAUAUCUACAGGUAUGCAUUUCUGGAAAUAAAUUUUAAAAAGUUCUAUGAGGAUAUUAUCAAAUAUAAGAGGUUUAUGUCGUAGGGUUUGUUUGGAUGAUGUGUGGAAGAAGCUCCUCUGUGAGUUACGAUAUUUCCCUGUUGGUUUCAUCCUACUUUCAGAGAUUUGCAACGUCCAAAAUGUCCCAAGAAGAAUCUAGUGGGAUAAGUUUGCAUCUGAAUUCCAAGUUGUACAUUUAGUGACAUGUUUGUCGUCCCUUAACUUCCCUCAGAGUGGUUUUCAGCACUGUCGCUAAGGCCUGACAGCUUAACUCUGGUCUUUGAGGAAGGUUCUUGCUAAAGAAACUUUGUGCUGCAUCAUAAAUGUUGUUUUAAGCCAGACAGUGACUGUAAUUCAGCUGAUAUCAACAGUUUUGCAAAAUAGAAAAAUGAGUCUUGUGAAAGCUCAACGCAUCUAGUUCCUCAGUAACAUUUUAAGCUUUCUCCACCAUAUUAUUCAUGUUGCCACUAACAGAUAAUGCAAAAAUCUGCAUUUUGUGCAACACAGUCGUGCAGCUGUGCAGGCUAAAGAUGCUACGUAUUGAUAUCACAAUAGUUUACAUCAGGCAGAGAAACCCAUGCAGGUAUCUGUUUCUAAACUGCUAAGCUGUGAGGUUUAAAUUGGGCAAUUAGAAGUGCUGACAAUUUCUGACAUCAGACUUGAACAGAUCUUCAGCUUUCAUCUCCCUGACAGCUGUUUCUGGUAGUUCCUUUAUCAAAUAUCAAAUCAUUUAGACAUUUUAAUGAUCUCCAAAACUGCUGACAUUGGUUUGGAUGAUGCAAACAAGGUUUAGUUAGAUAUUUUUAUGGUAUUUUGCCUCUAUCUGGUUGUUAAUCCAAAGACAAUGAAAGGAAACACCAGGAAAGAACAGAAUGGCAAGGAUGGCAAGGAUCUCCAACAGAGCCAGAACCAGGUUUGUUGUCUUUGACUACUUGGCGACAUGCAGGCUUGUUUCAGCAUCACUGAGGCUAAAAUUGCAGUUUCUUUCUACAUAAAUCAAAGUAGAGUCCCUCUGAUAGACAACUACAGUCAUGAAUUUUUGUUUUGCUGCUGUAGUGACUUGGAAGAGAGCAAAGAUUAUGCUGACACAUGGUACAAGACAGCAGCAUUCAAAAUGGGGAUAACAUUAGACAUACAUGUAGCAUGCAUUGCAUAUAUUAGUACUUUGUGACGAUGGAAAUCCAAAAUGUCAGUCAAGGCAACUUCCUGUCACUUCUGACAAACACAACAUCUGUUCCUAAGUCUAGUUUACACCCAGUGGAUUCAGGAUUAUUCGUGCUGUGUGUUUGCAGUUCACAGCUACUCAUCUGUUUGGUUCUGUUAUUUUGAGAGAAUAACAAAUGUCCGGUCAUUUUGGAUAGUUGGAAGAAAAGUGUCAAACUACACACCAACUCUUCAUGUUUCGUUGCCUAAAAGCAAACACCUCUUAUGGCAAGAAGUCUUUACAGUCAGUAUUACAGAGCAGCUUUGCUAAACUCUGGUGGGUUGUUGUGAGGACGCCAGUAUAUUUGUCUGUUUGUGUGUGAUGUUAUCGCUGCUCAGUCUUCAGGUACAUUAUGGACAGCACUGUUUAAUGUCAAACAAGCAUCAAACAGCUGGAGGCUGACUCUUCACAGACCAGGGAGCUCGAGCCAAUGCAGGUGUUAAAUAUUCUGUUCUGGGGUAUUUCUAAAGUCAACGUGGCAUCACUCAUUUGGGCAUGCCUUCCCUCAGAAAGUAUUUGCACGCUUGUUUUAAUACAGUUUCCACAGUUAAAACUGGUUUGACUGGUAUCCCUUUCUUUUACUUCACCAAAGAUUGCUGUAGAGGCAGCUCACUGUUUGUGCUGUAGGUUGCCAGAAUGAGCAGCGAGACCAGUUUUGCAAUUUUCAAACUGUAAUCAGACAAGUUCUGCUUGGUGCAAUGCAGUGAACCCUGGUUGUGAGGAAAUGAUUUUAUAUUAUUGCUUUUACAAGCUUGCUGGCAGCAUUAAAUAAUAGAUGAGGAGGGUGGCACCUAUGGGCUGAGAGCGCAAAGCACUAUAAAAAUCAAUAAGAUGGUUAAAAAUCAGGGACUUCAUAAAGCCAGUGCAUAUGACUAUGCGAUUAAAGCAAAUCUGAAUCAGACAAGCACUUCUAUUGAGUGUAACUGUUAGGACUGUUAAAGUUUUAGAAAAUGAGGCCCCAGUCAAAAUGUCCCUGUCAAAGUAGCAAUGUUAUUAUUAGAAAAGGGAGUGAUGAUUUGUUCAGGAAUUAUCACAACAAAUCUGGGAAAUGAUUAUGAUCCUGCGUAUAUUUUACUUCUUACUGGUUGUGACUGUUUCUUUUCCAGUAAAAUCUAAACUUUUAAACUGUUCUCCUUUCUAAUAUGUCUUCCUCUCCAUAUAAACCUGAUAUGUAAAUAUUGUACCUUUGAGUCAUAUGUGUGGAUUGUGUUGUAUUGACUCAAGCUUGCAUCAAAUAAUAAAAAACACAAGAAAAAAGAAGAAAAAAGACAGUAAAACCCGAAAAAACCCCAAAAGAGCCAUGUUGUACUGUAUCUGCAUUCAUUUCUAGGCCUGCUCGUGAAUGAAUGUGUCACUCAGUUAUGAAGCAAUACACACUACAGUAUGUACACAACAUCAAAUGCUAUCAAGCUUGGUAGAGGUUGCCGACUUUAGAUCUUCUACUAGCACGCAGAAACGUGUAACUUUAUUUGGUCUCGUAUCACUGCCUCUUCAAAUCCUCCUCAGUUUGGGCCAUUAAGGUGAGAGAAUAUGCUGUGGAUGUUUUUAUCUGUACUUUGUGGUAAAACAAUAAAAAAGUUGCUAACAAUCA